AUUUUGAAGCAAUAUUGUAGUAUAUUUUUUUCUCUCAUAAAUUGAUUACGAAAUCUACUUUUGCGGAGAGAAAAAGGAGCGCGGACGUUGGAGUCAUCGGGUUUAGUUUUUCGAAGUAACAGAUUUUUACCUUUUUGAGGUUAAGUACUAUUCCUACUUUGGACCAAAAAAGUUUUUUUUUUUCUUCUUCUUUAUUCAUUUUUUUAUACAUGUCUGCGUUAUUGAAUAAACUUCGUCGACGCCAUUCUCAUGAGUAUGCGCCUUAUCAGCAUUUGGAACAACAUUUCGAGUCUGCCGAGAUUGUAAGAGAUACUAUUAUUGGUCUUUCUGAUGGUUUAACUGUUCCCUUUGCUUUGGCUGCUGGUCUUUCCUCUCUUGGUAGUUCCAAAAUUGUUAUUUACGGUGGUGCCGCAGAACUUGUUAGUGGUGCUAUUUCAAUGGGAUUGGGUGGAUAUUUAGCUGCACGUUCGGAGAUUGAUCAUUAUCGCACUGAACGUGAAAGAGAAGAACGCGAAGUGGAAGAGUGUCCUCAGGAUGAAGAAGAUGAAAUUGUUGAAAUCUUGGAACCCUAUGGACUUGAUCGUGACACCAUUCAACCCUUGAUUGAAAAGUUGAAGAGCGAUCCUCAAAAGUUUGUUGAUUUCAUGAUGAAGUUUGAAUUGAAUCUGGAACAGCCUGAUCCUCGUCGUAGCUGGAUUUCCGCUUUAACCAUCGGGUUGUCUUAUUUCAUUGGUGGCUUGAUUCCUUUACUUCCUUAUUGCUUCUUUGAGGAUUCGAUUUUCGCGUUGUAUAUUUCUGUGGCCGUCACCUUUUUAACCUUGUUAAUAUUUGGUUACAUCAAGAGUAGAUUGGUUAAUCCUGACGGUGCUGUUUGGGGAGCCAUUCAGACAUUAUUAAUCGGUGCUAUUGCAGCAGGUGCGAGUUACGGUAUUGUUUACCUCUUGCCUCAAGAGCCUAUUGUUCUCUUUUCGUCUGUUGCAUUGUAAUUUAUAUAUUCUCACACACUCUCUAAAUAAACAAAACCUUACCUCAUCCAUGCUCUUUGUAUUGCCCUGCUGAUGAUGAUGACCCGGAAUUUUUUUUUUUAGUUUUGUGACAUGUUUCCCCUUGAUAGUAUUUAAGUGCAUUCAACCGCAACGCCUCC